AUGUCGACAAACAAUGCGCCCCAACCAGUGAAGCUCUCACUGCCCCUGGAAUACCAGCAGGCGCUCUUCCAGGAGCUCCGUUCCGAAGAUGAACUCGUCGUGCUCGCCCGCGGCCUCGGCCUCAUGCGCCUCGUCACCAACCUACUGCACUCGUACGACGCGGCCGGAAACAACCUCAUUGUCAUUGUAGGUGCAGAGGACCGCGAGAAUGGCUGGAUUGGCGAGGCUCUGGCCGAACACGCCGCCAUCAGCGCGUCGCCCAAGGCCCGCGGUCUCACGGUUGUAAACACCGACUUUCAGAGCGUCGGCGCCCGCGAAAAGAUGUAUGCCGCUGGUGGCAUAUUCAGCAUCACGUCACGAAUUCUAGUGGUCGACUUGUUGACGGCGCUGCUGAGCCCAGAGACCAUCACCGGCUUGAUCGUGCUGCACGCAGAUCGCAUCGUCGCCACGUCUCUCGAGGCCUUUAUCCUGCGAGUCUAUCGACAAAAGAACAAAGUCGGCUUCUUAAAGGCCUUUGCCGAUAAUCCCGAUCCAUUCACGAUUGGCUUUUCUCCGCUAGCCACGAUGAUGCGAAACCUCUUUCUCAAAAAGGCGUCGCUGUGGCCGCGCUUUCACGUCACCGUCGCGCAGUCGCUCGAGGGCAAGAAAAAGGCAGAAGUCAUUGAGCUCGAGGUGCCAAUGACCGAAUACAUGACGGACAUCCAAAACGCCAUCAUGGAGUGUGUUGAGAUUAGCAUCCAUGAGCUGAAAAAGGGCAAUCCUGGCCUGGAAAUGGACGACUGGAAUCUCGAUAGCGCGCUGCUCAAAAAUUUUGACGUCAUUGUCCGCCGCCAGCUCGACCCCGACUGGCAUCGUGUAAGCUGGAAGACGAAACAGAUUGUCAAUGACUUGACAGUUCUACGAGGGCUGCUAGCCUAUGUAGUCAGCUAUGAUGCGGUCUCAUUUCUUCAGCAUCUUGACACCAUUCACGCUGCCCAUUCCCCGCCUCCAGGAUCGACACGACAGACGCAAUCGCCGUGGUUGUUCCUGGAUGCGGCACAAACUCUGUUUGAGACGGCACGGAAACGUGUCUACUCUGCCAGUAUAAAGCAGAUUUCGCAAGAAGAGAACAUUGACUCUCUACGGCCCGUCUUGGAAGAGCUCCCGAAAUGGAGCCUGCUUGCGGAAGUCCUCGAGGAAAUUGACCGCGAUCUUCAUUUUGAGCCACAUGCCAGGGACGACUCCAACGGUACAAUCCUAAUCAUGUGCUCCAAUAUCGAUACCUGUCGUCAAUUACGAAACUAUCUGCAAACGAUGCAUGUCAAGCCCAAAGUCACCACUAAGACUUCCGACGACGAAGAUGACCCCCACAAGCCAUCAGCCAUCUUCAUGAUGCGCCGCCGCUUGCGUAAUUACUUGCGCUGGAAAAGGCAGUUUGCCGUCGUCAAUGCCUCGCUGUUUACGGAAAACAACAAGGCGCUCAACAGCGCCACAGACUCUCGACCCGGACACGGCGGCAUGCGCGGCGGGAGAGCUCCAUCGAAUAAGCGUCGUCGACAGCGAGGCGGCGGUAACAUGGCUGUCGGCAUGUCUCGGGCGGAAAACGGCAGUAUUUCCCAAUUCUUUGAAAAACCAAACGAAGUGGCCGAAUUAAUGGCCGAGGUGCAGAUUACAGAAGAAGAGGCCAAGCAAAAGGACGAGGUGAUUGCCGAUCCGCUAGACAACAUGGAGGAUUAUUACCAGCUCUACGACAUGCAGGACUUGGUCGUCAUACACGCCUACGACGGUGACCAGGAUGAACACGUGCUCGAGGAAGUCAGGCCUCGCUACAUUAUCAUGUACGAGCCAGAUGCGUCGUUUAUCCGCCGCGUCGAAGUCUAUCGCUCGUCGCACAAUGACCGCAACGUCCGCGUCUACUUUUUAUACUAUGGCGGCUCCGUUGAAGAGCAGCGCUACCUUGCCUCUGUGCGUCGCGAAAAGGACGCUUUUACCAGGCUCAUCAAGGAGCGCGCGAGCAUGUCGCUCGUCAUGACGGUGGAACCGCACGGCAUCCAAGACCCGCAGGAAGCGUUCCUGCGCACCGUCAACACACGCAUCGCCGGCGGCGGCCGUCUCGCUGCCACGGCCGAGCCGCCGCGCGUUGUCGUCGACGUGCGCGAGUUUCGCUCCUCGCUACCCUCGCUGCUCCACGGCCGCGCCAUGGUCAUUGUGCCCUGCAUGCUGACCGUCGGCGACUACGUCCUCUCGCCAACCAUUUGCGUCGAGCGCAAGAGCAUCAGCGAUCUCGUAUCGUCGUUUAAAGACGGGCGCCUCUUUACGCAAGCCGAGACCAUGUUUCAGCACUACCGGAACCCGAUGCUGCUGAUUGAGUUUGACCAGAACAAGUCGUUUACCCUCGAGCCCUUUGCAGAUCUGUCGGGCAGCAUGAGCAGCGUGUCGGCGACCAAUGUGUCAUCGGACCUGCAGUCCAAGCUAGUGCUGCUGACGCUUGCGUUUCCGAAGCUGCGCAUCAUCUGGUCGUCGUCGCCGUACCAGACGGCCGAGAUUUUUGAGAGCCUCAAGACGCAGGAGGCGGAGCCGGACCCGAUUGCGGCGGUGCGGGCGGGCUUGGACAAGGACGCGCGGGCGGAAGAUCAGGUGUUUAACCAGGAGCCGCAGGACAUGCUGGCGGUGGUGCCGGGCGUGACGCCGCAGAAUAUCAAAAACAUCAUCAUCAAGACGGAAAAUGUAAAGGAGGUGGCUAAUAUGACGCCGGAAGAGCUGGCGCCGCUGGUGGGCAAGGCGGCGGGGAGGGCGAUACAUGCAUUUUUUGAUAGAAAUGUCAUGGACGAAGAAGAUUACUGA